AUAUGGUCGGCCAUGCCCGACUGUACUUUACUACUUGUUUUAUAUAAUUUUUAAGACCACAAUAGUGCGGAAGGUAUUUUGAGUUUGUGCUGCUAAUUUUAACGUCCAAAAUAUUAAUCCUUAAAGUAUCUGUUCAGUAUCAAUUUCAGAGUAUGUCCAUCUGUGUGUCUAGAUAAAAAGAUAUCUUACAUCUCUCUCUCUCUCACGUCCAUAAUUCACUUAAACACAUUAACAAGCGAUAAAAUUCGGAAGAAAUAUAAUUUAUACCAAAGUACAUUCCAUUUUUUAUUAGAAUUGCUAUCAAUCUUUCCACUUUCAGAAAUUAUACUAUUUAAAGUUGUUUCUUAGUCUUUAUAUAUGUCCUUCUCGAGGUCGUGGUUCUGUUAAAGUGGUGCAUAUAGUACAAAAAGCAGUUCUUAAAAAUCUGUAUAUUUGUUGUCAAGAACUUAAGAUCUGAACAUCUAUAAAUAUGUACCUUCACAAAGAAAUAUUUUUAGUGCAUGUUUUUCACAUUUUUAGUGCAUAUUUUCCCAUAUUUUAAGCGCAUAUUUUUAAUUUUUUUUUUGGUGCAUGAAAAUCCUUGCCCUGAUGAUUAUUUACUGUCUUUUACUAGGGUGCGAAGUAUGUCAGAAUGCAACACUGAAUUUUUGACUUAAAUCUGUAAAGGUUUGAUCUUUCCAAUCUCUUGUAGUAAAACUGAUAAUCGACAUUUUAGAUCAAAAUUGUCAAUGACUAAUUACUGAAUGUUUAAAGUUCUCAGAGGAUCACUUCCUUAUAUAUACACAUGUUAAAGUAGCUCUUCAUAUAAACUUUCCUAUCUCCAAAUAAGCAAAAAAUUCUUUAUUUUUCACACUCUAUCCAAAUCCAUUAAAUAAACAUGUUAUACGAGUCAAUUUUUCAAAAUGGAGUUAAUCUAUUUAGCUAUUAACAAUUAAAAAAUAUUGUAAAUAUCUUAACAUUUCUAACCUGUAAUACGACAGAGAAAAAAAGAUAAAAAUACAAAACCAAACAAUACAAUUAUAGUAACAAUAACAUGUUAAACAAUUGUUAAUCACUAAAUUUAAAUGUGUAUAUACAAAAUUAACAACAAACAAUAACAAAAUACAACAUUUAACGGAUUUACUACUUUAUCGAGAGUGUGGAGGCGUGAGUUACUACAGAUUGUGUGCAAAAUAUUUCAAAAAGGCAUGUCACUAUGGAGCUGAUAAGGAAAUAUCAGCAAGGAAAAUUAACUACCACCGAUGUGCGAAAGCUAAAUAAUAUAGUAUUAUGCCUUAUGAUAUCCGUGGCUGCCACCUCCAUUGUAUGGAGUCUAUCGAUACAUGUGUUAUCGGGUGAUUUUUAUAAUGGUUUUAUUGGUGCCAAAUUAGUAUUUCGUGAGCGUGAUUUAACACAAAUGGAAUAUGCAGAACAGGAAAUUUGGAAACAUGAUUUAGAAAGAGUUUUCAAUGAAACGUAUACCAUUGAGGCCUUAGAUCAAAUUAAAGCCGAUGCCUUAAUAAUGCCUAAAUUAAAAGAAGAUCAACCAUCAACUAAGAAACCAAAAAUCCACAAAAUUGCCCAUGUAUUUCAAAUGACAAACUCAAAAGUACCUGAUACACCGGAAAUUGCUAACAACAAUAAACCAGCAAAGGACGCUGAUGAUGAUGAUGACGAUGAAGAAACAACCACAAAAGUGCCAAAAAUCUUUAAUAUAGAAGAAGAUCGUAAAUUUCUAUCCCGCAUGACAAUUGAUAUUCAUCAAACUCGUUGGCAUCAUAAUGCUGCUGUUAAGUUUAUUUAUAGUUUUCCAUUUUUUUCGGAAAUUAUUGCCAUCAUAUGGACUGCCAUGUGUUUUAUAUUCCAAUCGGGUGUCAAAAAGACUUGGGGACUUCCAAAGCCUUGGCGCAUUGUGAUACCCUCAAUAAUGAUGUUUACCAUAAUGACUGUUGCCAAUUUAAGUUAUUUAAUAUUGGCCAAUGGUUUUCUAAAAACAUUUUGCAGUGAUUUACGAGAAAACCUCAGCAAACCAGAGGCAAUAAGUUGCGGUGAUGCUAUGGCCCUCUUAAGACCAGUUAUACGUACUCAAGCAUUAGCGCACAAUACGUACUUAAUACUAUUUCGUAUUUCAUACUCUUUAGCCAUGAUCUUAUGGAUAUUUGCUUUACUCAUAAUGCUAAUGAGAUUCCUAUUAGCCAUUGACUUUCAAUUGGUAGAUGUUGAAACAAAUUACGAUCGUGAAUUGAGAGAGGGCAGAUUAAAGGAGCAAGAAUUUGUGGAAGUACUGUUAACAGCACCGCAAAGUCCAAAAACGGGGGCAACAUUAAGUGUGCAAAAUGAACGACCCAAAUCGGAAGAUGAUUUUCAAAGUGCUAAAUCUCAUUUGAGCGAAGUAGCCACACCACUAUUGGAUCGUUUAAGCAGCACAAGAGGAGAACAGAAAACUUAAAUAAGUAGUUGUAUUUGUUUGGUAUUUUUUUUUAGUACUGAUAACGAUAUAUUUCUAUGAAAUCUCAGGUAUACAGAAUCUAUUACAUUU